UGUAGGCACUACCCAGACACGCGUCACAAACUCCUCAUUUACCCCAAGAUUAGGUGCAAACACAGUAUCUGUAAUCACAUUAGGGGAAAACACUUUAUUUGCACCAGAACGCCGUGCCAGCAGCGCAGUCUUCGGGCCCUUGAUACUUUUUGGAAUGUCUCUUCAGCCCCCCCUCAUUGCCAGGAACAGUCGUACCUCAAGUCCUAGGUCAAGCUUCCAAGGGAACAACGAGCGUGUUGAGGAAAUUUUGCAAAGCCUCAUCUCUCUUCCUCUCGAGAAUCAUCACUUGGUUCGCAUCCAUCUUGGUUGCCAUUUUCGAGACGCCAUCCAAACCGCAGCAGCUCACCAGCCGUAUCAUAUCGUGUCCAUUGUCAAAUCCGCGCAAGUAUCAGCAGCCGAUCAGACGGUCCCGGCGGAUGAGAAGUCACUUGAAGCCAGAAUUUUUCAGGCCGGAGGGACAAGGGCCUUGGUUGCCUUCGCCGCAGCCUGCCAGGCGGACAGGGAGGUCCAUAGCUUGAUCAAAAGCUUGGACAAAGACGACUUGGGUGCAUUCAUCAAGUCCACGGCAUGCAUCAAGGCUCAUCCAAAGUUUAGCCUCAUUGUGUCCAAGACUGACGCGGCGGAACCGCCAGAAGACAAACCCACAAAGCAUGUCCCAGCUCCACGGAACUGGAAAGGUCGCGGGACGAACGCGAAAGGAACACCACGCAACAAGGACAAUGCUAAGGGCCUCGUCCAAAGAAGAAAACGCAAACUUGUUGAUGACCAAGCAGCACAAAAGAUGUCAAAACAACGCCAGUCAUCGCGGGAACCAUCGACACACUCAGACACGAUAAGAGAUCCCACGGAAACCAUUAGGGGCUAUACAACCCAGGAUGACACUGGAUUGUUUGCAAACUCGGAGCCGCUGAGAGUAACAUCCACCCUAGGUGAUGGAGGAGGCGGCAGCGAAGCGCCACGAAACCACCAAUCUAGGACAACAAAACCCGCCGAGGCAAUUGAAUAUCGAUAUCAACCCUUAGAUUUUGGGUCCCAGGGAAUGCAUGUAAUGCCUCGGGGCGUUUGCGAGCCGAAACAUGCUGCGACAGAGUUUCGAUAGGGCAUUCGCGCCCAGUGCCGUCGAGAUGGAAACAGCGGUAGACGCCGGGGCCUUUGAUACCACACACAUCAUGUUGGCCGACUUUGAUGCUUUCCAUG